AUGGCUUCGGGGCGAGUUGCCGCGCAGGUGGAGACGGCUCAAGGAGGAACGGCGCAAGGAGGGACGGCGCAAGGGGGGACGGCGCACGGGGGGACGGCGCAAGGGGGUACGGCGCAAGGGGGGACGGCGCAAGGGGGGACGGCGCAAGGGGGAACGGCGGCGGCGGGGGCGGCGAGGAGACAUCGACGAUUCGGGAGCUGGGAUCUCACUGUCAGGUCCGCAGCCGCCGCCGCUGCUGACGAAACUCGCCCCUCGGAACAAGCGCCAGCGGCUCGACACGUGGUAGUUUUUGAGAGGUCGGCUGUAGCGCCAGAGGCGGGUGUGCGGGGAGGAUCGAACAGCUGUUCACGGCCGCCAUCGGCGCCAACAUCGCCAGGACACGUGGCAGCGUCUGGUUCAGAGGCGUCUCAAAAACAGUCGGCGCCAGCAUCCAUGGGACGCGUGGCAGCAGCAGCGUUUGGAGGAGCUGUGGAUGCCGCGGCGCGGUCAACGGCAGGUUCUGCAGCAGCUGCUGAAGUUUCUGAGCUUUCUGUGGUGUCUGCUGCUUCUGCAGUUGCUGAAAUGAAUGCUGUUUUCGCUGCUUCUUCGGCUCCUGCCGUUUCUGCUGCGUCAGCUGCGGAUGGGAGCGCACAGGAACUGAUGGCACCGCAGCAGCAGCCUAGUCGCCGACAGCACCUUCGGAGCCGAAUCAUGUCAUCCAUGGUCAACGCUAUAACCAUGCAACGCGGCCAUCCCCAGCCCCACCAGCUGCCGCCUAACCCGCUCCCGCCGUCCUCCUCUCUCCCCGGCGCGAGCGGGCUCCCUCCCUCUUCCUCUCUCCCGCCGUCCUCCUCUCUCUCCAGCAGCGGGAGGCUUGCCGGCCGCGCCGGCGCUGCUGCUGCCGCUGCUGCUGCUACCGGCUGGCCGGCUGUAGCAAACGCACGGGGGGUGGGUCCGCUGCUCACGCACGUGCAGGCGCUGGUGCUGGCGCUGGUGCUGGCGCUGGGGCGCUGGUGCUGGCGCUAG